GUGUCUGCAGAGCAUCCAUAAAAGUGAAGAGAGGGAGGCUGUUUUUGUCGGCUGCCACGAUGCGACUGGUCAGCCUGCAGCAGCGGGCGCGGCGUGCGGCGGAACCGGAGGAGGAAGCCCCGCCUCCUCCGCCCCCACCGCCGCCCGUCCACAAGUCCACCCACAACUUCAUGAACAUGAAGAACAAGUUCUUCAAUGAGCUGGACCACCUUCCCAUGCCCAUGUGGGCCAUCGGGGCCAUAGUGGUGGUGGUGCUGGCCCUGGUGGGUUGCUUUGCCUUUUGCAUCUAUAAGAAGUGCAUGGGAGGGAAAAAGAAAGGGAAGAAAGUCCGUGAGAGAAAGGGUGGUGGACGCAGACGGAUGAAGAAAGAGACUGAAGGCGAAGGGGAGGAAGAGAAGAAAGAGGGAGAAGAGGGGGAGAAGGAGUUCUAUGGCAAGCUUGAGUAUUCACUGGACUACAACUUCAACGACAACGAGCUCAUCGUGGGCAUCAUACAGGCUGAGAACUUACCUGCCAUGGACAUGGGUGGCACCUCUGAUCCCUAUGUCAAAGUCUACAUGCUCCCUGACAAGAAGAAGAAGUUUGAGACCAAAGUACAACGCAAGAACCUGAGCCCCGUGUUCAACGAGACUUUCAAGUUCAAGAUCGCCUUUAAUGACCUGGCCCCUCAGACCCUGGUUCUGCAGGCCUUUGACUUUGACCGCUUUGGUAAGCACGAUGUGAUUGGAGAGAUUAAGAUCCCCAUGAACAGCAUUGACCUGGGUCAGCCAAUCCACGAGUGGAGGGAUUUGGAUGGAGGACAGAAAGAAGAGGAGGAGAAGCUGGGAGACAUCUGUAUCUCACUGCGUUAUGUGCCUACGUCCGGUAAGCUGACUGUCUGUGUGAUGGAAGCCAAGAACCUGAAGCAGAUGGACCUUGGUGGCUUGUCAGAUCCAUUUGUAAAACUUGUACUGCAGCACAAUGGCAAACGAGUUAAGAAGAAGAAGACCACUGUGAAAGAGAAGACCUUAAACCCAUACUUCAAUGAAAGUUUCAGCUUUGAAAUCCCAUUUGCCCAAAUACAGAAACUCCAGGUGAUCAUCACCGUUUACGACUACGACAAGCUGGGCAGCAACGACGCCAUCGGGAAGUGCUGGAUCGGCUACGGCGCCACAGGCGUCGGCCUCCGCCACUGGUCAGACAUGCUGGCCAACCCCAGGCGUCCCGUGGCUCAGUGGCACGUUCUGCAGCCUGAGGAGGAGGUGGACGCCGCUCUCAAGCUUCCCGUGCGCUGAGCGCUGAGCGCUGGCCCCAAGCACAGCCUCCGACACGGCGAUUAACCCUGGGCAUCAACGGCAGUUCUAAUUCAUCUCGGCCCCAUCUGCCAAAUGCCAGGCCAAAGGAUGCAAAAGCAACCCCUAAAGCAUUAUCUUCCUAUCCUGACUUUGAACCGAAGUUCCAGCCCUCAACACAGUGCUCAACCCCAAAACUACCAUUUGUUAAACGCACACUGCUCAGACAACAGCAGCACACAUGACAAAAAAUACACCAGCAUGUACAGUAGUCUAGAAUUCCAAAAUCAACUCCUUCUUUUGCACACAUCGUACAUGCCACAUAGUGUUUGUAUACUGUGCCCACUCUAAUCAGAUGUCUCACCUAGUAGCACAGACACCUGCAGACACCUCACACCCAGAUCUUUAUCCUUUAAGCACCCCUUCUGCGUAUAGAGAGGGGAAUAUGUCAUUACUGUAGCUUACGGUUUGUUUUGGAGCAACCCGCCUCUGGAAAUGUCUCUCUCCCCUUUCUUGUGUCCCUCCCUUGGUUUUGUAUAAUGCGUGUUCCCUCACCCCUCCACCAGAACUAUCCAUUCUAAAAUACAGAGACGUAGCAUUAGACAUGUUUUCAUAUAUUUCUUUUAAUAUCGUUGGUUGAUUAUAUUGAUGUGUUUGUGGUUGUGAGUGUUUAAGUGUGUGUGAGUGUGUGUGUGUGUGUGUGUGUGUGUGUGUGUAGUAUGUAUGCAUAUUUGUAUUUGUGUGUCCAUCAUUGUCUGAAAGAACUGUCUGGUUUGCCUACCAUCCCUGAA